UUUGGCGUAUUCUCUCGUUGACCGUUGGAUGAGCGGCCAACCAAAAUCCAACGAACGGAUCCGCUAUUCGCCUUCGUAUAAAUUGGAAAGCUGUUUUGAUCUUUCGAUAUCUUUUGGAGUGGUGAAGGAAGUACUGGAGACGCAAACCUACUACAUUAUGGAGGACGAUAGCAGAAAUCUGGAGUUGAAGCAUCUAGGUUUUGUGAGGAUCGCUGUGAUUCAGACGAUUGCGUGUGUUACGAAUCUGUAUGAUUACGCGAAGCAGAACUCCGGACCUUUGAGAUCUGCGGUUGAAAAUGUGGAGAGCGCUGUAAACACAGUCGUAGCGCCUGCUUAUGAAAAGCUCCGAAUCGCGCCUGAUGAUGUUCUUCUUUUUCUCGACGAUAAGGUUGACAAAGCAACGCAUGAGUUUGAUAAAUCUGCUCCUCCUCUGGCAAAACAAGCCGUUCAAAUUACGCAGCAUUUAGUCCAAAAGGCUGCUCGAACAGGGCAAGAACUUGUGAAUGAGUUUCAAACUGGUGGACCACGCGCAGCAUUUCAGUAUGCAGCGAAGGAGUACAAGCAGCUGGUUCUAAACCAAGGAGUGAAGAUUUGGGCAGGGCUGAACCGGGUUCCAUCGUUCCACAAGUUAGCAGACAAGGCAGUGCCAUCGGUAGAACAGUGGUUGGAGAAGUACAACUGCACGGUGAAAGAGAUGAGGCAGAAGGGCUACUACGUGUUUGCCUAUCUUCCUGAAGUUCCUGUGAGUGAGAUAGCUAAGGCAUUUAAGGAGGGGGAGGCGAAGAACAAGGAAGGAACACCUCCUCCUCCACCACCUACUUCUGAACAAGCUCCUGCUCCACAUGAGAACAAAGUGAGUUCAGAUUCCGAAUUGGAUUCAAAUUCAAAUUAGAAAAUGGUUUGUAGUUUCAUCACCCUUUCAUCAUGUGGUUUGCUAGAUUGUGUAUGGUUCAUGAUGUACGAGCACAAUGUGCUAAUGAUGAACAGCAGCUAUGGAAAUUUCAAGCAGUUUGAAGCCUUAGAAGGCUGUAGACAAGUGUGAAUGGCUCUUGAUGUUUAUAUGGCAAUGUCUGAAUGUGAUGCAUUUGGAUGGUGGGUUUGUUGAGUU